UGCUCUGCACACACACAUACCCACUUCUCUUCAUGAACCCUAUAGAGAUAGAAUGAUGAUGAUGAUGAUGAUGAUGAGAUGAAUCAUACAAGUUGUUGGAGUUUCAGAGAGAACCAAAAGCUUCCAACCCUCCACCAUUAUUCUAAUUAAACUACUGGGGAAGUAGUUUCAAAUUCUAACAAACCCUCUUUUGCCUUUCUUUUAUCUGGGUGGGUUCUCCUCAUUUGAUUCUAAAAGAGAUGAGCAUCUUCUUCUAGUUGUAAUGGAUCUUGAAGCAAGGAAUUAUGGUAAAAAUCCAAUCAAGAGAGAAUCAUGGAAGACGGUUCUGACUUUAGCCUACCAGAGUUUGGGAGUUGUUUAUGGGGAUUUAAGUACUUCCCCUUUAUAUGUUUAUAAAAGCACAUUUGCAGAAGACAUUCAACAUUCUGAAUCAAACGAUGAGAUUUACGGGGUUCUAUCCUUUGUAUUCUGGACUCUAACAUUGAUUCCUCUUUUGAAAUACGUCUUUAUAGUCCUAAGAGCAGACGACAAUGGAGAAGGAGGGACGUUCGCUUUGUACUCCUUGCUAUGUCGUCAUGCCCGCGUCAGCACCUUGCCCAAUUGCCAGGUUGCCGACGAGGAGCUGUCGGAGUACAAAAAUGACGACGGCGGCGUCGAGACGAUGAAGGGUCGCCGUGGUUCUGACCGAAUCCGAACGACAUUGGAGAAAAACAAGUUCUUGCAAAGGGUGUUGCUUAUCUUAGCUUUGAUUGGGGCAUGUAUGGUUAUUGGAGAUGGAGUGCUCACACCUGCAAUUUCUGUAUUUUCUGCAGUUUCUGGGCUUGAACUCUCCAUGUCCAAAGAACAGCAUCAAUAUGUAAUAGUCCCGGUUGCUUGUAUUAUACUGAUAUUCCUGUUUUCGAUCCAACAUUAUGGGACUCAUCGGUUGGGGUUCUUGUUCGCGCCCAUAGUUGUGUUAUGGUUGCUAUGUAUAAGUGGAAUUGGGUUGUACAACAUCAUCCAUUGGAACCCUCAUGUUUACCAAGCACUAUCUCCUUAUUACAUGUAUAAGUUUCUCAAAAAGACACAAACUGGUGGAUGGAUGUCACUUGGAGGGAUUCUUUUAUGUAUAACAGGCUCGGAAGCAAUGUUUGCUGAUCUUGGACAUUUCUCGCAGUUAUCUAUCCAGAUUGCUUUCACAUCUGUGGUGUACCCUUCUUUGAUACUUGCUUACAUGGGCCAAGCGGCUUACCUUUCGAAGCAUCACUUUAUUGAAAGCGAGUACAGGAUUGGGUUCUACGUCUCGGUUCCUGAGAAAAUAAGAUGGCCUGUCAUGGGCAUAGCAAUUCUGGCUGCUGUUGUCGGGAGUCAAGCUGUGAUCACGGGUACAUUCUCGAUUAUCAAACAAUGCUCGGCUCUGGAAUGUUUUCCAAAGGUCAAGAUUAUCCACACGUCGUCCAAAUUCCAUGGGCAGAUUUAUAUUCCAGAAAUCAACUGGACUUUAAUGUUGUUAUGUCUGGCAGUUACUGUCGGUUUCAGAAACACCAAGCACAUAAGCAAUGCGUCCGGUUUGGCUGUCAUAACCGUGAUGCUCGUGACGACUUGCCUGAUGUCGUUGGUCAUCGUGCUCUGCUGGCACAAGAACGUUGUUUUAGCCCUUUGCUUCAUUUUCUUCUUCGGUUCGAUCGAAGCCCUGUUUUUCUCUGCUUCUCUUAUCAAGUUCUUGGACGGGGCAUGGGUCCCUGUCGCCUUAUCGUUCGUAUUCCUAAUAAUAAUGUACGUCUGGCAUUACGGAACUGCAAAGAAAUACGAGUUUGAUGUAGAGAACAAGGUUCCUGUUAACUGGCUGCUCGGUUUGGGACCGAAUUUGGGAAUUGUGAGGGUAAAGGGAAUUGGGCUAGUGCACACGGAGCUUGUUUCGGGGAUUCCAGCCAUUUUCUCCCACUUUGUGACGAACCUACCCGCUUUCCACCAGAUUAUGGUGUUCUUCUGCGUGAAAUCGGUGCCUGUACCCCGUGUGAAGGCUGAUGAGCGCUUUUUAGUUGGUAGAAUUGGGCCGAAGGAGUAUAGGCUUUACCGGGUGAUAGCGAGAUAUGGGUACAGGGAUGUUCAUAAGGACGAUGUAGAGUUUGAAAAAGACUUGGUUAGUAGUAUAGUGGAGUUUAUUCGAUCGGAGAAGGUGUCACCUUCUGAAGAAGAAGUGGCGGCGAUGGAGGAGGAGGAAGAUGGAGGUGGUGGGAGGAGGAUGGCGGUGAUAGGGACCCCGUCGACUUACAUAGGAAGCGAAGAAGAGGGGGAUAGGAGGAAGAAGAGGAGGGUGAGGUUCGCCGGAGUGGAAGCGUUGGAGGAGGAGAAUGAGAGGAGUAGGAGCCCAUCUACAUUGGCGGAGAUGAAGGAGUUGAUGGAAGCUCGAGAGGCUGGGAUGGCGUUUAUAAUGGGAAAUUGCUACGUGAAGGCAAAGGGAGGGUCGGGAUUUAUAAAGAGAAUAACAAUCAAUUAUGGGUAUGAAUUCUUAAGAAGGAAUUCUAGAUCUCCCAAUUAUGCUUAUUGGAACAUUCAAAAUGCUUCCACUUUGGAAGUGGGCAUGGUUUACCAUGUUUAAUAUAUGUGGUACAUAUAUAUAGCAAGUAAGUAAUAAUAAUAAUAAAUAAUAAUGUAUGGUCUUAUAAUAUGAACUAGAAGUUAUCUGUAAAUGAAAUGAUCAAGGGUUUUAUUACACCAUCAAAAUGGAACACUUUUUGUAUUUCAUUGACAAUAGGUGAUACUUGUGUUGGCACUACUAAUUAAAAUGAAUGAACAAGGAACAAAUGAAAUGUAUAAUAAAUAAUGUGUUUGUUUAUAAAUAUUAAGGCUAGCUAAUUAAUGUCCUUUUGCGCUAUUGGUAGAUGUAUGUCCCUGUCCUGGACUCGGUCCAGAACUCUUGAUGCCGAACAAGGCUAUAAGUUGAUCAAACUGAGUUGGGGGAGCUCGCACAUCUUCAGACCGAUGCUGCAACCGGUGGUGCUGGUGAUGUUCUUGCUGCUUGUGGUGGUGAAUCUGUUGAUGAUGACCAUGAAUUCUUCGACCUUGGGUUGAGGUUAAGAACAUGAUCAAACACAACAAAAUAAUAAACAAGUGUUGCUUUCCCAUUUUCCUUUUAGAGAGAAGGAGAAGAAUAUUGUAUUGUAUUUUGGUUUGGUUUGAUUUGAUUCAUCUAGUUUUUAUAGGGGAAGGGAAGAUAGAAAAUAAUAACAAAUGAGACUUGUUCAAAUUGAUAAGGAAGAAACUAGGUAAAGGGCUUAAGGUGGGGGCCGAGCCAACAAUUUUUGAUUUUAUUAUUAUUUGGUCCAAGUCGUUGAAUCAUUUUUAAAUAAUAUUAUAAAUUAAUUAGUCUCC